AUGGACCCUUUAAAGUACCUAUUUGAAGUACCGACGUUAGUUGGAAAAUUGGCCAAAUGGUUGGUCCUACUGUCUGAAUUUGAUAUUGUGUAUGAGACUCGAAAAACCAUCAAAGGGCAUGUAGUGGCCGAAUUUCUUUCUGAAAAUCCAGUUAAUGAAGGGGAAGAAGUCGAAACAGCCUUCCCGGAUGAGAGUCUCAAGCUAGUAGAGGUCCAGCCAUGGAAAAUGUACCUUGAUAGGGCCAUGAAUAAGAGCGGAGCCGGUAUAGGGGUAGUUUUGGAAGCACCAAAUGGAGAAAAAUUGUUAAUGUCAAAAAGGCUAUGUUUCCCAACCACUAAUAAUAUUGCAGAAUAUGAGGCUUGUAUUUGUCGCCUAGAGGCAUUAAUAGUUGUUGGGGCUAAAAAAGUGGAGGUGUUUGGAGAUUCAAUGCUAGUGGUUUCCCAUGUUAAAGGUGAAUGGGAAUUGAAAGAAGAAAAGUUGAGGGCAUACCUGGAGUAUGCUAAGAAACUAUUAUUUAGCUUUGAUGAAGUGACAAUGAAGCACAUGCCUAAAGCUCAGAACCAUAUUGCUGAUGCUCUAGCCACGCUAGCAUCCUUAUGGGAGAAGGGUGAUCAUAAGCUGACCCAGCCAGUUAUCCUGAUGAGGAUUAGAAUCCCAUGCUAUGAAGGGUUAAUAAUAGCACAUUUAGAUCUAGAAGAUGAGAUGAAAUGGUAUGAGGACAUAAGAAGGCAUUUAGAGUCUGAGCAGAUAAUGGAGGAAGUACAUGCAAGAGUGUGUGGUCCUCACAUGAACGGAAGGGUAUUAGCGGGCAAAAUUUUAAGAUUGGGCUAUUACUGGUCUACCAUGGAUACUGACUGUGCUAAAUUUGUGAAAAGAUGCCAUGAGUGCCAAAUCCAUGGGAAUUUGAAUUACCUACCGUCUAGUGAACUCUACAGUAUGACUUCAUCGUGGCCAUUCUCAAUAUGGGGCAUAGACAUUAUUGGGAAGAUUUCUCCCACGGCUUCUAAUGGCCAUAGAUUUAUCAUUGUGGCAAUUGACUAUUUCGCCAAGUGGGUUGAAGUUGAAUCUUAUAAAGUAGUAGGGGCCAAGCAAAUAAGUAAGUUUGUGCAAAAGAACUUGAUUUGCAGGUUUGGGGUACCCCAUGAGAUAGUGUCAGAUAACGGAAGCCAGUUCAAAGGUUAG